AUGUCCAAAGGGCCCAAAGCACCCCCAGCCAGCACUGGUGCAUAUCACAGCUGUGGCAGUGAUGAGCAUGAUUCACCUGAUCAGUUCUGGUUCGAACAGGAUGUGCGCUCCAUGUGUCUUGAGUUGAUCUUGAAGUUUGGCUCUGUAAAGGAUGUAAAGGAGCAUUACCAGAAGCCCGGUGGAGAGUUCAACCAGUUGAUCAAGGCCAUUUGUUUUGCCCAGAAGAUGCACCGCGAGGAUCCUUACUUAGCCGAAAUUCUGGCUCGAGUACGUUGUGUUGCGAUGACUGUGAAAGCACGUUUCCUACGUAGCGAGCAGAAUGGAGACUUCGUCAGGCCGCCCAAUGCGAAGUGGUAUGUCAAGCCGGCCAUGGGUGAUUAUGACCCACGCCUUUUGGUGCCCAUGCAAGCCAAAAUUGCAGAGUACAUACGGGGUGAGUGUACCAAUCCCGAUUCGACUGAAGAUCGCACCGUGCAGCUCAACCAACUUGAUGACUUGCUUGACGUUGGAUCCACGGCUGCGGAGGGUCUAUCGCACGCCAGUCAAGUUCUGUUUGAGGGGUAUGCUGUCCUGACCGAUUUGGCAGUGCAAGAUCUGGAGGCAUCUGUGACAGCCUUCGGUGCUGAAGGCUUGAUUACCCAGACGGGUCUUUGUGAAGCCGAAAGAUCCACUGUGGAAGCAUUGAGCACAUCAGCUUCAGCAUUUAGUUCACUUCCGUUGGGUGACCAAGAGGUUCCCGGAGACCAACCGCAGUUGGAACCUGGCAUGUCUCAACCAGCGUUGCCUUCCACAGCCCCUGUUCCUGUGGCUUCGGAGUGCUUUCUGGUGGACAGCGAUGACGAAAAGCAGGUUGACGUAAUUGGUCGUUUAGAUCCGAUUACAGACCCUGUACUGGAAGCCUAUGUAGUUUUCAAAGUGGCACACAUUCGCCCAGGGCGUCUUAAAAGACCAUUGCAUGCAGAUGACGCCAUUGGCCCCAACGACAUUGCUUUGAGAAAGUAUCACGUUGUGGAACGUGAUAUGAGUGACCCCGACGUACUCCGUAUUCGGGUAACGCGUUCACAUGGCUCCGAUGUGCUUUGUUCUGACCUCUUUGGGAGCACAGACCCCGAUGUGCUGAUGAAAACCAUGAUCCAAUUUCAGCUGGACUCCUCAGGGCAAGGUGUAGUCGUGGAAUGCAAACUUCCAGUGUUGAAUCCUUUGGUUGAUGCUGGCGCCUUCCCAGGUGGGCUCCACAAGUUCAACGAUUUGGGCGAAGAUGACACCAUCGAGUCUUUGAAGCUGCUUGAACGGGAUGGGCUGGUGAGUUCAGAAAGAGAGGGAGAAUGGUCUUUGACCACUGAAGCAUUGGAACGACACAUAGUGCAGUCCAUAUGGCUUCGCACCCCAUCCCGAGUUUUCACCCCAAGGGCAAACCUUCCACUGGAUCAAUAUACAUCGCUUGAGCUGGAGCUGUUAAUGGCUGACAACGGUUGGAAUCGUUUGUCCUUGGCGCAGGACCAAUCAAAAGCUAGGGAACCCUACACUGCUACCCCGGGCUGUUGCAAGAACUGGUUUUGCGACCGAAAUGGGCGCUUCUUUUCCAACUAUUUGGUGUGCCUGCUGAAAAGCGAGGAAUUGUUCCGGGCUGGGCUCAAAGCAAUUCACCAUGGUCAAAUUGAGAGUUACUACUCAGCCAUCUUGUCUUGUCUUGCUCAGGGCUCACCCUUGGAGUCCAUUGACCCGUGGAAACCCGCAAGGUUGUAUCGCGCAAUCACCAAAGGUCAACCACCAGAUGCGCCUGCUCAAGAUGAUCUGCAGUUGAUGGAUGACAACAGUGACCUACCUGCUUUGGACAUGGGACGACCCUCUUCAACUGAUGUUUCUGUUUCCAACCCGCGAAAGGACAGCGCUGCUUCAACGCAGGCAGUUGAAGUUCUCAGGCCUCCUGACAGACCUCCAACUUCCGGGGCGGUGGUGCCGGCGUCUUCGGGGCGCACGCGCAGUCGAAAUCCAACGGAACAGAGAGCAGAACCCCGGCCAAAAGCUAAAUCGGACAGUUCUGCAAAGAGGUCGGGGACAACCCGAGCAAGUACCCAUGAAAAGAGCCAUUAUUUCGGAGAUUUUUUCUUGACGUACUAUGCAUCUGGCACAGUUCCUACAUGGCGAGCUGUUUGCCCCAUCCACGAAUCAUGCACCAAGAGCAUGCGCACCAAUCAAGAGACCAGUGAGGAUGAUGUUGCGCGAAGGCUGAAAGCAUGGUGCCUCAAAGGGCUAGAUGCGCAGUGCGAUUCAAAGCAACAUCACGUUUUUUAUACUGCUGUCCCCCCACUCAGUGCAGUGGGGUCAGACGAUGACCUCAACCGGGAGCUGCAAAGAUUGACAGCGUCCAGAUCCAACCCUUAG